UACGAUUUUCUUGCGUAACUUUCAAGACUCUCUCGCCAUGAAAGGACCUCGCGACUCAUCCUCUUCUCCGGAGGGGAAUCCGGAGGAAGACGAACUUCCUGUGCCAUCGAGAUAUGAACAUAAACUCAUUCGGCAAGUGAAAGGGCUGGCUCCAGAGGGUGAUGCUGAUGACUUUGUGUAUGAGGACGUUUUACAACCUACUCCUGUAUUCAACCAGGAGGAGAGUGACAAGUACAUUGAAAACCUAAUCAAAAAGCGGAUUCUUGAGAAUGACCUUGACGAUGUCAAAAGAGCUCCUAAAGUGCAAGUUAUUGACCCGGCUGCUUCUGCUUCAAGCCAACCUGAAAUUACAAAGGAGGCAUACAAACUUUGGGACAACCUUAGUAAUAAGCAUUUCGAAUCUGCUCCAAAACCUCAUAUUGAAGAUAUGUCUUUUGAAAAAAAACUACCUAAGGCUGAUCUAAAAAGGGCAGAAAAGGAAAAGAAGGGAAAGGAAAAGAAAUCAGGCCAUCACAAAUGAGUGAUUUUUCAGUUGAUACUAUGUGACUUGUUUACAUCUAUGGUUGGCUGUAUCUAGUUCUGAAAUGUACUUUUACUUGGUGAUUCUUGUUUUUAGUAGUCUUUAGUUGAUACAAUGUGUUUGUGACUUUUUACAUUAGUCUCUAUAAUAAUAAACACACUUGAGAAUUGAAA